AUGGCCGGAUCGAGUACAUCGCCGCGACGCAACUUCUUCGCUCAUCUGGUCGCCGUGCUGGGCAGUCUGGUGGUGCUGACUAUCAAAGUGCCCCUAGUGGUGGCGUGCAUCCAAAUCUACCAGGUGCGCCGGGAGAAUCUGCUGCUGGCCAACGUCAUUAUUACGAUCCUCUUCUUCUGCGUCUGGUUCAUUGCCUGGUUUGCAUUCUGUCUGAAGCCCACCUGGAACUUCAAGGUGAGAUCUCGUGCUGGAAAAUCGUUGCGGCGCCAGUAUUGCGUCUACUAG